AAAUAAACUCAUUACCAUUAGUUUAGAAUAGAAUCGCAUGUAAUCUUCUAAUUAAAAAUGAAGAUAAGAUUGUUAAUAACGAUGUGUAUGUGCUGUUACCCACUUGAAACUGUACAACAAGAGGGGCCGGAUCCUUGGCACAAUAAAAAUGACGCAAUACUUCAGCAAAAGGAGAAUGAGAAUAUUGAUGUUACACCUGAUCUGAGGAUGCCUUUGCCUCAGGUUAGGACUACAGAAUCCGCAAGUACAGGAAUGAGAGACUGGUUCUUUAAACGAAUGCUAGCCAUUAUAUUAAAAGGAGGGCAAUAUAAAAAAAACGAAGACAACUCAGUUGAAGUUUCAGUUCAAAUGCGAUUUGACAAGAGUCAAUGGACCACUUUAAAUGAUUACCUGAAUCCAAAUGUAGCUCUAUCUGAGGAAAUAUUCCGUCGCUCAGUGGGAUAUGUGGAGAAUGCCAUUUACAAGCCUAGUGUUUCAGAAAGAAUAGUUAUGGCAUGGAAUGAUUACAUCCACUUUUAUUUGGUGAAAUAUAAGAUGGAAAUAGCAAUAGCAUUUGGAAUAUUAGCAGCUGCCGGUGCAAUGAUGUGGCUGUGGAAUCAUAUGUCCCAUAAACACUUCAAGAUUAUUGCUUUUAUUGCACUAUAUUUAUAUGAAGUAUUUGUUUCAUAUAAAGAGGCGGAGCAACACGAAUUUGACCGUUACAUGUCAGCAAUUAAUAAAUGUAAAUGGUAUUUCUGGUCAUCCACCUGUGAUGUGCCAUCUCCCGACCCUAUCAAGUUCUUGAAAUAUAUGAACCCCUUGAAAAUAGGUGUGAGGAUGUUUACUACAAUUAUAUCGGAGCCCAUGAUCACUAUUAGUUCUACAGUGCAGACAAUAAUUCAUGGGAUAACAGAUGGCAUGUGGUUCCCCAUGAAUGUGAUUAUGACAGGUUUAUUAACUGUAGCUUUUACUGUUAUAUUAGUUGUUCUUCUUGUGAUGAUAGUAUUUACUUAUAUACUUAACAUUCCCUUUAAUCUUAGUUUUCUAUAUGGUUUGUUUAGCAUUGGCGUAAAUGAAAAACGUGGUAGGACUCAUACAAGUAACGUAAGCGGUAAUCAAAUACCUAGCAUAGACGGUGGCGGAGAUCGGAUAAGCAGCGCCACUCUAGAUAGGAUAUUAGAUGUAUGUACGCGGGCACUUACUAGUGCACAAAUUAAUAAUACAAGUUCUACUCAAAUCCCACGAAUCCAGGCUGCAAGACCUCUUCAUAUUACCAAUGGAACAAUACUAACAACUUCUUUAAAGAGGUCUUCUAGUACUGGACGAUUGCAUGAUUAUAAAUCUUACAGUCAUGAUUUUGAACCGUCUUCAAUAAAUUCUGGAGUUAGAAUAAGAAAUCAUGGGAAUACAAGAUUAAAUGAUGGCAGUGGUGAUGCCUUUUAGAAUGCAUGGACCGAAAUGAGUAGAACUAGAAGUUUUGUGAAUACCAUCAACUAAUAAAAAAUGUAGACUGGAAAAAAUGAUUUACCGGAUCAUAAGAGAACAAGUAGUAGCUAACAUAUUUUUUUUUCCACCAUACUACUCUUGCUACGGCCCUACUUUUAUUGUAGAAUAAGGCAGGUCUAAUAAAAUUAUGUUCGAGUUCAACUACCUGUGAUAUUUUUUAAUUAAAAUUUAAUCUUUGUUAUGUUGGCUUCUUACCGAUAUGUAAAUAAUGACUAUGUUUAUUUUUGAAUGAAAUGUAUAUAAGGUGCACUUUUUUUGCAUUAUUUUUUGUGGUUGAAUUUUUACUGCAAUAAGCUAAAAAGGAGGCACUGAGGCGCGUACAGAUUGAGAUCUAGCGAAUGCGCGGUUCGCGCCUUGCGUGCGCCAUGCAUGCGCGCAUCGCGCAUUUUUACAUUUUGCGCGCAUUAGUCAUUUGUGCAACAAGAGAGGAAAGUUGGUUUUUCUUGCGAGUGUUUAUUUUGAGUCCCGAGUAAGCGAAAGAUUCUAAGGUAGAAUCUUGAGCGUAGCGAGGGACUCAAAAACACGAGAUGUAAAAUAACUUUGCUCUCGUGUUGCACACAUAAUUUUUCACCUCAGUAGUGAGAACAUA